UUAGUGCACUCGGGCGGAGGGGGCAAUAAUGAAACGUCGUCACAAAGGCGGCACGCGCCCCUUUACGGUCGGCUGGUGGCGGAGGAGCAGCUUGCGGCGUCCCUAAACCAAGGAGCCCCUCCGGCGGAUAUCCAGGCGAUGCAAGCUCGGAUUCCGCGGACGUUCCGGGAACCGGGAUCUGCACCUCUCCGGAAGCUCAGCGUGGACCUAAUUAAAACGUACAAGCACAUUAACGAGGUGUAUUACGCGAAAAAGAAACGACGGGCGGUGCAAACGCAGGGCGAGGACAGCUCGCACAAGAAGGAGAGGAAGCUGUACAAUGAUGGUUACGACGAUGAUAAUCACGAUUAUAUCGUGAAAAACGGUGAAAAGUUCCUCGACCGGUACGAGAUUGACUCGCUGAUAGGUAAAGGGUCCUUCGGGCAGGUGGUGAAGGCCUUUGACCACGACGAACAGUGUCACGUGGCCAUCAAGAUCAUUAAGAACAAGAAACCCUUCCUUAAUCAAGCCCAAAUCGAGGUCAAACUACUCGAAAUGAUGAAUCGAGCUGACCUCGAGAACAAGUAUUAUAUAGUCAAAUUAAAACGUCAUUUUAUGUGGCGCAACCACCUGUGUUUGGUAUUCGAAUUGUUAUCCUACAACCUAUACGAUUUGUUACGAAACACAAACUUCCGUGGAGUAUCUUUAAAUUUAACGAGAAAAUUCGCGCAGCAGCUGUGUACGGCACUUUUAUUCCUUUCGACGCCCGAACUUAACAUCAUUCAUUGCGAUUUAAAACCGGAAAAUAUACUUUUGUGCAAUCCAAAACGAUCGGCAAUUAAAAUUGUUGAUUUUGGAAGUUCCUGUCAACUUGGCCAUAGGAUAUACCAAUACAUUCAAUCGAGGUUUUAUCGAUCACCCGAAGUUUUACUGGGUAUUCAAUACGAUUUGGCCAUCGAUAUGUGGUCGUUAGGUUGUAUUCUUGUUGAAAUGCACACCGGGGAACCUCUAUUUAGCGGUGCAAACGAAGCAGACCAAAUGAAUAAAAUCGUUGAAGUCUUAGGUAUGCCACCCAAACAUCUCCUUGAUCAAGGAACGAAAGUGAGAAAAUUCUUUGAUAAACUUCCAGACGGACGAUACGUUCUUCGUAAGACAAAAGACAGUAAAAAAUAUAAACCACCGGGUACGAAGAAACUCCAUGAUAUCCUCGGUGUUGAAACGGGGGGUCCUGGUGGUCGGCGAUACGGCGAACAGGGCCACCUAAUGCUCGACUACCUCAAAUUUAAAGAUCUGAUCCUGCGUAUGCUCGACUACGAUCCAAAGACGCGCAUAACGCCCUAUUAUGCGUUACAACAUAAUUUCUUUAAGAGAACGGCGGAUGAAGGCACUAACACCGCCAACAGUGCGAGUGUUAGCCCCGCUGUUAAUAUGGACAUGUCCAAUUCAAACAGUCAACAUGGGUUAAAUAUGGUGGGACGACAAAGAGACAUUCCGACGAAGCAUAACAAUUAUCAAACGCCGCAACAGAAUUACAACACUUUGGCGAUGGAGUGCGAUCCAUCACCGUCGAGACACCAUCACCACCAGCAGCAGCAACAACACAAGAUGUAUCCGGUAUCGUACGGUGGUUUUAUCGUGCCGGAUGUUGGUUUGGCCCCAACGUCGAAACACGUCGUCUCACAAAACGGACCCAACAACAGUAGCUCGCAGAACGAUAGAGAGGACAGUCCAAUGGUUGGGGUGUGCGUUCAAAAAAGUCCCGUCGCGAUCCAUUGAGAAAAUUUGAACGAAAAAAUUUUUAUUUAUAACUUAGAUAUUGAGUGCGCGCGAUUUUUCAAUUUAUUAUUUUUUAAUCAACGAGAAUGUGAUGACCAAAAUUUUUAGGUGAAUUAGAUUCUAGAGGAAGAUAAAUAAACAAACGGAAAGAUGGUUAACUAAAACCGAUUAAAAUAAAAGAAAACGCGGGGUUAAUUUUAAUAUUAAAGUGAUCCAACAACAGACUUAGGGCGAGUUUUAAUUUCGGCUCUGUUGUACGACUUUAUCCGCGUUUAUUACAACAAAAUAAUAAUAACAAAGAAAGAAAGAAAGGAAGAAGAGACGAAGAAAUCGAAAUUAAAACACUUUUAGAUUGAUAAGUUAACAAAUAAUGUAAUUUAUGCCUAGAGUUUAAGGAGGUAUCAUUAUAGUGAAAAAUAUCCAGUUAAUAAGAAGUAUACAUGUUUCCUAUAAUUUCAGAUAACUGUAAGUUAUUUAAAAAAAAUUAUUAAGAAAAAAUAACGUGCAAGAUGGCUCUGGUUUUUUAAAAAAGAUAAAACGCCACUUAAAAUUAAUUUCGAUAAAAAAAGUACGAUUAAACGAUUAUAAUUGGGAAUUAUGACGGAAUUGUGUACUAUUUUAGUUGAAGCUCUAUUUGUAUAUAAGAAACAUGAAAGAAAAAGAAAGAAAAGAGGAGGAAACGCAUUUCGAUGAUAAAAAUAAAAUUAAAAGAAAAAAGAAGAGUUCCCGUUGUAAAAUAGUAGUGUAAUUAGUUGUAAUUACUACUUCCCGAAACCCUCAGAGAAAAACAAGCUAAAAAAUAGAUUUUUAUUUACUUUUAAAUUCAUUUUAUCGUUUUAUUUUGUUCUUACUACAUUUUUAUUAAUUAAUUUCGAAAAAAAAUAAAUCAUUUUUGCAACCGGGGCCUAUUCAAUCUACUACUGCAAUACAGUGGUUAAUGUGUUCAAAUAUAAUAGCAGUUUUUACAUAAAAAAAUAAUUAAAAAAAAAAGAAAAUAAAAAACAAAACGUUGGGUGUCUACUUUACUGUGUUCAAAAAACCACAAAAAUAUAUAAUGUAAAAAUAAAAAGAAAAAGCCGCCUGUACACAAAUAUACUUGUAUUAUUUCCCGAUAAAAAAAAUGUUUAUACAGAAUUACUUUACAGAUGUGUAUAAUAAACAUAAAUAAAGAAAUUUCUAAAUUUUUA